GUUUCUGAGCCGGCCGCACGUGUUGCAUUUGUUUAUAAAUACUAUUUAACAAGAUGAGCAGGAAAGUGGUGAUUAAUAAACGUUUAAAGGGCCUGUCACGUGAGGCGCUAGAGCAACUGAGUAAAACCGAGCUAAUUGAUAAAAUUGUGCAGCUCGAGGCGUACAAUUUUCAACUAAAAAAUCUGCUGCAGAAAAAGCUGUCGGAGAGCGACAAAAACAAUGCUGAAUACAAAACAUUGUUGCUGGAGGAGGACGGGGAGAGAGUACCAACGCCGGAUGCGAUGCUAGUAGAAGAUAAACCUACUAGCAAACGGGAUAAGCAACGUAAGUUUGAUUGGUCCAGUGCACACAAGCGUCAUGUGCUGCUCAAGAUCGUCUACUUUGGCUGGGAUUAUCAGGGUUUUGCCUGUCAGGAGGACUCCAACGACACUAUUGAAUCCUUCUUGUUUCGCGCUCUCUUGCGUACCUGCUUGAUUGAAUCCCGCGCCACCUCCAAUUACCAUCGCUGCGGUCGCACGGACAAGGAAGUGAGCGCCUUUUGCCAAGUGAUAUCCAUUGAUUUGCGUAGCAAGUUUGCAUCUGAUGUCCAAAUGGAUGCGGAGUCGUUGGCGGCUGAAAUUGACUAUUGCAGUUUGCUGAAUCGUGUGCUGCCCAAGAACAUCCAAUGUGUGUCCUGGAUGCCACUGCGUAGUCCAGUUUAUAGUGCACGCUUCGACUGCAUUGCACGAACCUAUCGCUACUAUUUUCCAAAGGGAGAUCUGGACAUUGAAGCUAUGCGAGCUGCUUGUCAAUUACUUGUGAAUCAUGGAGAUUUUCGAAACUUUUGUAAAAUGGAUGUACACAAUGGUGUUACAAAUUAUAUGCGAAAUCUGCAGGUUGCCCAGAUAAAACCAUGCGAACAUACCGAACUGCAGAGGGAUCCGGAUUCUGGUUAUGCAAUGUACUAUUUGGAGAUACAGGCGAACGCAUUUCUUUGGCAUCAGAUACGCUGCAUCAUGGCCGUGUUGUUGCUCGUUGGACAGAGGCAUGAGCAGCCUAGCAUUAUUACAGAGUUACUAGAUGUCGCCAAAAAUCCUUGCAAGCCGCAGUAUACACCUGCCAUUGGCUUGCCCUUAAAUCUAUUCCAUUGUGAUUUCCGUGCUCAUACCACGCGUCGCACAAAUCCAUCAUAUUCAGCGAAUGCCGCUGAAAUUGAUAAUGAUGAUGAUGUGGAUUUAUCCACAAUGGAAACGGACAUUGACGAGACAGCUGCUACUGAGCCCGACCUAACCGAUUGGGUUUACAGCGAGGAGAAUCUGCAGAAGCUCAUCGAGAACGUGCAGGGUGAAUGGACACAAUUUAGCGUAAAGUGCAGCAUGAUACGAAAUGUCCUGAUGCAGCUGGAGGAGAUGCUUUCGCUCCAGUUCAAGCCACAAAAGAUGAGUGCCCAGGUGUUUAUGCUGCAGGAUUCGGUCAAACCACGUCAGUAUCAGCCGCUCCUCCAGCGCAAGCGUUGCGAGAGCCUAGAGAACCGCAUAGAUCAUUUCGUGAAGAAACAAAGACUGAUAGUAAAAGGCGACAAAGCAGAAUCGGAGGAGACUAAACAGAAUGAUAAAAAUGAAGCCUGAAAUUAAAAAAAGCCGCAACCUAAUUAAUAAAACAAUGUAGAUCUAAAGUUAAUUAUUAUAUUUUCAAUAAUUAUAAUUAUUAAUUUCUAGUUAGUUAUUAUUAUGUUUGAGAACUUGUACAUCUUUUAGAAGCUGUUAAUGAUAUGAUAAUAUUUGGAAAA